AUGUCGCUUCGCAGACUGGUCACGACGCUGCUUCUCUCCAUAUGUUGGCUGUGGUUCGUAGCCGCCGCGGAGGAGCAUGUGUCCAAGCCGCCUCACACGUCAGUGAAGCCCGUUAACCAGAGCAGCGGCCCCACCGUAAACUCCACGGUCCCCCGCCGGAGAGGGGGCGACGUGGGCGGCUUCAGCGUGGACAGCUCCAUGAUCCAGCGGGCUCUGUACGUCCUGAUCGGCAUCACGCUCACCGGGAUGCUCUACUUCCUCAUCCGAGCGGUCAGACUGAAGAAACCAGCGCCAAAGAAGAAGUACGGUCUCCUGACGAACUACGACGACUCGGUGGAGAUGGAGGCCGCGGAGAGCGAGGAGGACGACACGCUGUACGAGGCCCGCAGCCUGCGCAGAUGA